GACAGACCAGUUGCCAACCCGAUGGGUCGACAACUUCGACGACGACGCCUGGCCAUUCCCCCAUUUUCCACCGCCCGAGUUCGAUGGCGGCUGAAGUUGCCGCAGCUCACAACGGAGAGCUGGAGAUCCCAGUGGAUAACGAUGCCGCGUACCAGGCGGUGAAAACACCAGCUGCCGGGAAACCAGUCGCAGGUACCGACAACCAAGUCCCCAAGAAAUUGGCGCCGCUAUCCAAGUUGUUUCAGUACGCCGAUGCGACCGACGUCGCGCUCAUUCUUGUCGGGACGAUCUGUGCAGCUGGCGCUGGGUUUUCGCAACCGCUCCAAAUUCUGCUUUUCGGCAACAUUUUGAAUUCGUUCAACCCGCCACCAAGCAACGUCGUUCUCACGCAAGCCGAGCUGGAUGUGCUGAAUGCGCAAAUGUCCAAGGGGAUCAACGACAUUGCGCUCAAGUUUGUCUGGGUCGGCCUCGGGGUCAUGGUAUGUGGCUUUGGCCAGGUCGCGUGCUGGUCCAUCACGGCGAGUCGCCAAGGCAAGCGCAUCAAACAAGAGUACAUCCAAGCGAUCUUGCGGCAGGAAAUUGGAUGGUUUGACGUGAACAACCCCAUGGAGCUUGCGACCAAGGUGGCAGACACAACACUGAUCAUCCAGGACGGCAUCGGGCGCAAAGUCGGCGACGGGAUCAACUUUAUGUCGAUGGGAAUUGGCGGAAUUACCAUUGGCGUCAUCAAAGGGUGGAAGCUCGCGCUAGCUCUCUUGGGAUUCACGCCCCUCAUUGCGCUAACGGCGUUUCUCAUGGUCAAAACGCUGUCAACGGCUGUCCAGGCGUCGGUGACAGCGUAUGGGGCGGCUGGUGGAGUCGCCGAGGAGUCCCUCUCAAACAUUCGCACCGUCCAAAUGUUCAACCUGAUGGCGGCAUUUACUCAAAAGUACAACACAGCGCUGGUUGCGACGGAGAAGGCCGGGAUCAAGAAGGGUCUUGCCGUCGGAGUCGGCACAGGCUCGAUGUUCGGCAUGAUCUUUAUGACGUAUGCGUUUGGGAUGUGGUACGGCGCCGUCCAAGUCGCGACCGACCAGCUCACGCUGCCCAAGUGCACGGAAAACUGCUACGACGGCGGGCGCGUGCUGACGGUGUUUUUCACAAUCAUCAUGAGUGCCAUGGCGCUGGGGCAAGCGGGGCCAAGUAUACAAGCCGUCUUUUCGGCCCGUGCCGCCGCCGCCAUCGUGUUUGAAAUGAUUGAGCGGCCGUCGUUAGUCGAUGCAACGUCUUCGCACGGAACGACGUUGUCGGCUGUUGACGGCGACAUCCAACUCGACCAGAUUGAGUUUCAUUACCCCGCGCGACCCGAGGUUCAAGUGUGCAAGGGGUAUUCCCUCCACAUCAAGGCGGGCGAAAAGGUCGCGUUGGUCGGUCCGAGCGGGAGCGGCAAGUCGACGAUUGUGUCGCUCUUGGAGCGGUACUAUGACCCGCUCCAAGGCGUCGUGAAGCUAGAUGGCCACGACCUCCGAUCUUUCAACGUCAAGUGGCUGCGAGCCCAAGUCGGGCUCGUGGGGCAGGAGCCGUCGUUGUUUUCGUGCUCGAUAGCUGACAACAUUCGAUAUGGCAAACCUGAUGCGACCCUCGAAGAUGUGUAUGCGGCGGCCAAGCAAGCCAACGCGUACGACUUCAUCUCGGCGUUCCCGCUAGGCUUUGACACCCAAGUCGGCGAGCGUGGCGCACAGCUGUCGGGGGGACAGAAACAACGUAUUGCGAUUGCGCGAGCCAUCAUCAAGAACCCGGCCGUCCUCCUCCUCGACGAAGCCACGAGCGCGCUCGACACUGAAAGCGAACGCAUUGUGCAAGCGUCGCUCGACGCCCUCCUUGCGACUCGCAAGCGCACGACGAUUAUCAUUGCCCAUCGCCUGUCGACCAUUCGCGACGCCGAUCGCAUUGUCGUGCUCAACAAAGGCAGCGUUGUUGAAGAAGGCAGCCACGACGACCUCAUGAGCCGCCCCGAUAGUCAGUAUAAAGCCUUGGUCGAAGCACAGCAGCGGCCUGCGCCGUCCAGCCCGUCGAAAAUCACCGCCUUCACGAAUUUUGAAGAUGUCCAGGAAACCGGUGGGGCAGAUACAGCUACACCACGUCAGGAUGGGGCUGGAGGAGCGCCGGAGGGCGACGGGGCUGUGGCCGGCGAUGCUGCGACGGAAGCCGCGCAGGUGCGAACGAUCCCGAUGAGUCGCAUUUGGAAGCUCAACGCCCCAGAGAAAUGGUACAUCGUCUUGGGCUCCGUGGGGGCACUUGUCAACGGAGCAGUGUUUCCUGUGUGGGGCCUCUUGCUCACCAAUGUGACGGUGCUGUUUUUCAACUACUCGCUCACGGCGGACGGGAUGAAGGCGGAAGCGGUCAAGUGGUCGAUGGGGUUUAUCGGACUCGGGGUCGCGUUUGCGCUGGCCGUGUCGGCGCAGUACUAUGGGUUUUCCGUUGCUUCGGAGCGGCUGACGCGGCGUCUCCGUGAAAUGGGGUUCCAAGCCAUGCUCCAUCAAGACGUCGGUUGGUUUGACAAGCAGUCUUCCGGCGCCCUGACCACGAUGCUGGCCACGGACUCUGCCAUUAUUCAAGCCAUCACGGCCGAGACAAUGAACCGCGGGAUUGUCAACUUAGCGACGCUCUCGGUCGCGUUUUCGAUCGGGUUUUACUACAGCUGGCAAAUGACGCUGGCCAUGAUUGGCGUGUUUCCGAUCAUGGGCGCGGCCUCGUACAUCCAAAUGCAAAUGAUGUCUGGGCACAACAAGAAGCUCAAUGACGGCGACAUCAAGGCGGGCGCGUUGCUGUCGGAGGCGAUCAACUCGAUCCGCACUGUCGCGUCGUUCACGCUCGAGUCGCAAGUGCACUCGCAGUACGUGGGGCACCUCGAUCUGUCGGCGACCAAGGAUGUGAAGACGGGGCUGGCCGGCGGCACGGGGUUUGGUGUGAGCCAAGGCGUUAUGUUUUUCGCCAUUGCGUUUUUGUUUUGGUUUGGCGGGUGGCUGAUUGUCCACAACCUGGUCGACUUUAAGGGAAUGUUCCUCGUCCUCAUGGCGAUCAUGCUGAGUACGUUUGGCGUCGGCCUCGCCGCCCAAAACAUGACGGACAGCGUCAAGGCCAAGGAGGCUGCGACUCGCCUCUUUGACACGAUCGACCGUACGCCCCCCAUCGAUUGCGCCAAGACGGAUGGGAAUACGUUGCCUGAAGUGCGAGGGGACCUCGAGUUUGUGCAGCUGAAGUUUGCUUACCCCAGUCGCCCCCACGCGAUCAUCUAUGACGGCUAUUCACUCAAAGUGCCAAGCGGGUCGACGGUCGCCCUGGUCGGUGCGAGUGGGUGUGGCAAGAGCACAGCCAUUUCCCUCUUGGAGCGAUUCUACGACCCCAUCGAGGGCCGCGUGCUCCUCGAUGGCGUCGACAUUCGCACACUGAACUUGCAAUGGCUGCGCCAACACAUCUCACUGGUCGGUCAAGAACCCGUUUUGUUUGCUGGCACCAUCGCAGACAACAUUGCGUCGGGCAAAGUCGGGUCGACUCUCGCCGAUGUCCAAGACGCGGCUCGAAAGGCGAAUGCGCACGACUUUAUCAUGCAAUUUCCAGACAACUACAACACCCAAGUCGGCGAUCGCGGGAUUCAAGUGUCUGGUGGCCAAAAGCAGCGGAUUGCGAUUGCCCGCGCCAUCCUGCGCGAUCCAGCUGUUCUCCUCUUGGACGAAGCCACGAGUGCCCUCGACAACGAAAGCGAGCGCAUCGUGCAAGCGAGCUUGGACGCGCUGCUGCAGCUCAAACGACGCACGACCAUUAUUGUCGCCCAUCGACUGUCUACAAUUCGGAAUGCAGACAUUAUCGCAGUCACGGCAGACGGCAAGAUUGCCGAGCAAGGGACACAUGACGAGCUCAUGGCUAUUCCCAAUGGGAAAUACGUUAGCUUGGUCCAGCGACAGGUUACCGCCCACUAGAAAGCGUGUUGUCGAAUGAAAUUUCAAAAUCCAUCGUCGUUCGUGCGUGCA